AUGAGUUAUUCAAUAGGCACGCCUCCACAUAAAGUCUAUGGUGUUUUAGAUACAGGUAGUAACUUAAUAUGGCUUCAAUGCAAACCUUGUAAUAUAUGUUACAAUCAAACCGAUCCUAUUUUUAAUUCUUCAAAAUCUUUGACUUACAAAAAAGUUACAUGUUCUUCCAAAACAUGCAAAUCUACUGAAGGUACUUCUUGCUCUUAUAACAGAGAUGCUUGUGAGUAUACACUUGAAUAUGAUCCUGGAUCAAAGACACAAGGAGAUCUUAGUAUGGAUACUAUUACAUUACAUUCUACCUCUGGCUUUAUUGUCUCAUUUCCUAAAAUUGUGAUAGGUUGUGGACGCACCAAUACUUGGUCAACACCGUAUAAUGGUCCAAGUUCUGGUAUAAUUGGCUUUGGAAAGGGUCCUACGUCACUAAUAAAACAAUUAGGAUCUUCAAUUAAUGGAAAAUUCUCAUACUGUUUAUCUGCCAAUGAGUAUUAUAGAAAAUUUAGUUUAUCUAGCAAACUCAAUUUUGGAGAUUCUUCUAUUGUUUCAGGUGAUAAAGUUGUUUCAACUCCAAUGGUCAAAAUGAUAGGAAAAGAAAAAGACUAUUAUUACUUAAAUUUGAAAGCAUUUAGCGUGGAAAAUAAAAGAAUAAAAUAUAGAGGGUUCAAAAAAAAAGGAGUAAAUGCUUCAACGCAUAACAUCAUAAUUGACUCUGGUACAACUGUAACUCUUUUUCCACGUCAUUUUUACUUUAAGUUGGAAUCUGCAGUUAAAAAAGUGGUUAAAUUAGAGCGCUUUCAUGAUGACACUGAUUCAUCUAGACUGUGUUAUAAUACCACAUUAUCCCAACAAUCAAACUUUCUUGAAAUUACUGCACAUUUUAGUGGCGCUGAUAUUAAGUUAGAUCCUAGAGGUGUCUUUACUUCUAUAUUAGAAAGGAUAAAAAAAAUUUCAUUUCGUCCACAUAGACAUGAUUUAGGCCUCUUUGGAAAUCGCGCACAAGCGAAUCAUUUGAUUGGUUAUGACCUCAAAAAAAAAUAUCGUCUCGUUCAAACCUACCGAUUGUUCUAA